AUGGAUCGUGAUUCAGCCCUACCGAGUAUCCAAUCCCAAAUCCGCAAGACCGUAACAGGCUUGACUCACUCUCACCAGAAUGGAGAGCCGAACGAGACUACAUCUCUGUUAAGAGGUAACGGUCACUCCGUCCAGAAUGGCUCCGCUCACCAGAACGGACACGGUGGUGGGGCUUGGGAGUUCUUUUUCAAUUCGCAGCACACGCCCGGCACCGAGAACCCGAAGCCAUGGGUCAAGUAUCCGGCCCAUGCGUGGCAUAUCACCAAAGCUACUUUAUUGAGCAGUCCGGUCAACAUUCUUCUCGUCGCAGUGCCAAUUGGUAUUAUUGCUGGUCAAACCGGUUGGGAUCCAGUUGCCGUAUUCGUCAUUAAUUUUUUCGCUAUUAUUCCGCUAGCUGCCGUGCUCUCAUAUGCGACGGAGGAAAUAUCAGUAAAACUGGGCGAGGCUCUGGGUGGCCUGCUCAAUGCCACUUUCGGCAAUGCUGUGGAGUUGAUUGUUAGCAUUAUCGCAUUAAGAGAUAGACAGAUCGAGGUUGUCAAGUCGUCUAUGAUUGGUUCGAUCCUAUCCAAUCUGCUCCUCGUCAUGGGUAUGUGCUUCUUCUUCGGCGGUAUCGUCAAUAUGAGGGACGAAGAGGGUCAUGGCCAGGAGCAGUCUUUCCAGACAAUCACUGCCCAAACGACAGCCUCUCUCAUGACCCUGUCUGCUGCUUCUAUGAUCCUGCCUGGCACUCUAUUUAUGAUCAUAAAUGGUACCGGCGGAGACGAUAAAGAUGCGCGUAAUCAAAUCGUGCUGUCGCUUUCUCGCGGCACCGCUAUCAUCCUGCUGCUUCUUUAUGUGCUAUACCUAUGGUUUCAGCUGAGAACACACCACGAAUUAUUCAGCGCCGAAGCGGCAGUUGUAUCGGAACCCACGCAGAACGGAACCCAGCUUCCUACCGAAGCCGCGGCCGAAAAUAUCCGGCCGGGGUUAGCUCAGGGCCUUGAAGAAGAGUCAGAAGAGGAGGUGCAUAUGAGCCCAUGGUCCGCCGGUGCGGUCCUAGUCGUCACAACUAUUCUUGUCGCUAUCUGUGCGGAUUAUUUGGUCGAGAGUAUAGAUGCUCUAGUGGAGCGUGCCCAUAUCAGUCGCAGCUUCAUUGGUCUUAUUCUAAUUCCUAUCGUGGGUAAUGCGGCGGAGCAUGUUACCGCCGUCGUGGUGGCAGUAAAGAAUAAGAUGGACCUUGCUAUGGGAGUUGCUAUUGGUUCUAGCAUUCAGAUCGCUCUGUUCGUGACACCAUUCCUUGUUGUUCUCGGUUGGAUUAUGGAUAGAGAGAUGGACUUGCACUUUGAGACCUUUGAAACGGUCUCAUUUGCGCUGGCUGUGCUGGUCGUAAUCUACACGGUCCAAGACGGAAAAUCUAACUACCUCGAAGGCGCAAUGUUAAUGGCGCUUUAUGUCAUCAUUGCCCUGGCUUUCUUUGUUACUCCCAGCCAGUACUUCAACAGCGACUGGGUCAUCGGUAAGCUUGGUGGUCUAGUCAGCUCGACAUGAUAGAUGUUCUCCUAUUUUCGCAACCCGUCCUAGAAGGGCGCGGAUCGCAGUUUUACGUUCAACUUACCCCAUAUAUGCAUACCUAGCGUACCGUAGUAUCGGAUUGUAUAGCGUAUCGCACUCCGAGCGUCCCUCGGAUCCCAUGUUCUUAUAGUCAUUCAGACGGUUUUUUUUUCUUUUUUUGUUGUUGUUGUUCUGUAUAUGUAUAUUAGUGGAGUUAGGGUUGAGAAAAAUUCAAGGCGCGAGCUGUGUGCCUGGAGUUUGGUGGCACAUGCGACUAGAAUACAGAGACAGAAUAGGAGUUUGUUAUGUCUUGGAAAUGGGCGGCUAUUCCCUAUCGAUUAUGCGAGUUAUCUAUUUACCUAACAUUGAUUCAUGUGCCUGUUAUUGAAACAUGAAGGUAUUCAAAAGUACAUGGAUACAUUGUCUCUACACUAGUGUACCUAGGUACUAACCCCUGGCUAGCAUCGGUGGAACUCGAGAUCCAACGUGGGGCUGGAGGGGUAACUAUGACAAACGUCAUUAUUCUGGAAUCUGAACGCUACCUAAAGACAUAUUCUUUAUCGGUACUUGAGAAUGCAGAUUAGUUGCACAGUUACCACGGCUAAUAGAACACCUCC